AAAUACUCUUGCAUGCAAAAAUAUUAUAUAGCGUAACAUAAGAAGAUAUUAUUACACCGAUCUUGAUGCUUUAAACAGAGAAUCGCGAUAGGGAUAUUGCAAAGUAAAACAAGUAGCUCGAACAGCUAGAAUUGCCAUGAAGGGACUUUACUGCAAACCAGGAGACCAGGGUGAUGUGAAGUUUGUCUCACAGGAGACGAAUGUACCCACUAACAUUGGCGACCAUCAGGUCAAAGUUCAAGUGAAAAGCUGUGCACUAAGUCCAGUUGAUUUUAAGCUGUAUGAGGACCUCAAGCUUGAGAAAGAACAUGUCCCAGUUGGAAGGGAGAUUGCUGGGGUUGUUCUUCAAGUUGGACCCAAAGUGUCCUUUUUCCAGCCAGAUGAUGAGGUUGUUGGGAUUCUCCCUCUGGAGGCUGAGCAGUCUGGCCUUUGUUCUGUUGUGGUUACUGAUGAAUAUAAUUUAGUUCAGAAGCCUGAGAAAGUGAGCUGGUUUGAAGCAGCAGCAGUAAUUAAAGACGGUCUCAGGGCUUACACUGCUCUCCACACACUGGCUCGGAUGGCUGCGGGUCAGACUGUACUGGUGCUGGAUGGGGCUGGUCCCUUUGGAGUUCUGGCUAUUCAGCUCGCCAACUAUCACGGUGUGAAAGUCCUGGCUACAGCUUUGUCUCCGGAGGACCAGAAGUUUUUGGAAGAGCUCCGUCCGAGUGUGGGUGUGCAGGAAUCACUUUUGGCUCGAGUGAUCAGAGUGUGGGGCUCAAAGGAGGAUUUGGUGGACUCGUGCCUUGAAGAAACUGGAGGUCUUGGAGUGGACAUCAUCAUUGAUUCAGGAGUGAGACUCUAUGAGGAGCCAGAAGCACAGAGGCAUUGCCCACAUAAACAUGACCUCCUUACCCUUCUUUCAGUUGGAGGUCACUGGGUCACCACAGAACAACACUUACAGCUGGACCCUCCUGACAGCCACAUUCUCUUCCUGAAAGCAGCAUCGCUCUCGUUCCUUAACGACGAGGUGUGGACAACAUCCCGUGCCAAGCAGGGCCGAUAUCUUCAUAUCCUGAAAGAUGUGAUGGAUAAACUCUGCACAGGGACUUUCAGGCCGCAACUGGAGGACCCUGUGCCUUUAUAUGAAGCUACAGUCUCCAUGGAAAUGGUACAGAGAAAGCAAACAAGGAAAAGAAUAGCUGUCAAGCUUUGAAGAGGGCUCAAAAUGUGUUUUCCGUAAUUCUGUCAAUUUAGUUGUUGUUAUAAAUCUCAUAUUUUUGUCAGUUGCACUUUUAAUGGAUUGUUGGCAUUUAAAAACAUUCAAAUUCUUUAAAUGGAAUGGAAAUCAGGUCAUUCCAAAAAACAUGUAUCACAAAGCAAAUAGUAUUUACAUUAUACAAAAAAAGUGUGUGUAUAUAUAUAUAUAAACUUUUGAAAUUAUUUACAUAAAAACAUUUUUUCUUAGGAACUUUGGCCUAGUUAUGACAUCUGUAUAUGUGAUUUUCCCUUGUCAAGCAUUCCCAAUGGAUUAUUAACAGCACCAUCUGAUCCCAUUUCUUUUGCCUAUUAAUAUGGGCAGAUCUGUAUAGAAAAGGACUGGAUGAUGCUGACCUAGAAUUCGGCAUCAUUGUUCAGAGGUAUGUAGUUGAUUAUCAGUAGUCUCCUACCAGAAACACAGCAUGUAGCUCAUUUGCUUUCAAUAGAAGAUUUGUGUUUGUUAAGAUCUCAUUGUCCUAAAUGUCCCAUCAUCUUCCUGUCCACCAUAUGUCCCAAACUGUCAAUCUAGGAGAAAAACAAUGAUUGAAGCUUAGAAAUCCCACACGGUGGAGCAUUAUAUAGGGAUAUUUCACCUCUCAUCAUUUAUUCACCCGCAAGUCGUUCCAAAUCUGUAUGAUGUAAUUUCAGGGAACACAAAAGGAGAUUUCACACUGAUAAUUUCCAUGCAGUGAAAAGUGAAUGGGGGACAGUGAACAUCGAACAACUGUUUUAAUUUAGAUUUUAUAUUUUUAGUUCUCAUUUUAUUUUAGCUUAAGCUUUAU